AUGGCCGUACCCUUCCCUGGCGCCGUGGCAAUAUCCUCCCUUCCCUUACCCCCCUAUCAUAUGUCUUUCCCACCGCUUCAGGGCACCAUAGCCGCAGGGUCUUGGAUCGGACGCCCCUGGAUCGUCGGCCUCGACAAGCGCGAUGUCGAAUCCGUCAUUGAUAACGGCGAGUCGAUCCCGCUCCGCCACCGCAGCAGCGCAAGUGACAUCCUCCACGCCACGGAAUUCCGGCGCUGGAUCGCCUCGCUCACGUCGACCGAGCUGCUGGUCCUCGGCGGCCCGGAGAUGGAAUCCCACGAGGCCGCCUUGGCCUUAUCCCUGGUGUGCGCCCAUCUCACCCGAAGCGUGCACCAGCGGGAGAGCCAUCGGUACCUCGCCCUGGUCUUCUUCUGCGCGCAGCAUGUGGACGUCGCCGACGAGCACGCGGCCCCCCGCGCCCUCAUGCAGAGUCUGAUCUGUCAGCUGCUUGAACAACAACAACAACAACAACAACAACAACAACAACAGCAGCAGCAGCAGCAGACCUUUGCACCCCACGUCUCCUGGGAUCCAAGAACACAGGAGGCUGUGGAGCACGGGGAUGUAGCCGCCCUCUGCGCCGUCUUCCGGAGCUUGAUGCAGCAGCUCCCGCCGGACCGGACGGUGAUAUUUGUGAUUGACGGGGUCAGCUGCUACGAGACAGAGCAGUACGAGAGGGAGAUGGAGGCCAUCCUGAGCUGCCUGCUGGGUCUGAGGUGGGACCCUGCCGUUGCCGCCGUGGUCAAAUGUCUGGUAACCUGCGCGACGGGGACGAAGAGGCUGCACCGGCUGUUUCUGGACGAACACCUCCCUCUGAUGCUGGAGAGUCUUUUGUCUUUUGGGGAAGAUCUGACUGGGGGUGAGCUCCAGUUGGAGAGUUAG